AUGUUGCCAGCUAAUUUAUUGAACAGCUUCUAUUGGUCACGCAUGUUCAAUGUGUUGAUGCAAAACUAUCUCUUGUCCACCACAACUUGCAUCAUUUGGCCAGAAAAUGCGGACUUCGCCAUCAGCUGGCAGCGUGCCAAACCGCCAGAUGCCGCCAUCAUAAAUAUUCGGCUGCGUGAUUUGGAGCAAUCUUUCUCCAAAGACGUUGUAGACUUUGCCGCCAAACGUGAGGAGCUGCUCAAUGAUUAUGUGGUCUUGAAUCCAUUCGUGGAGAAACUGACUUUGUCAAUAGAGAAGUCACAUUGCCAGAACUUUAUAGCCUUUCAAAUGGAUAUACCGAUUUUCAUUGAUGCCGUUAUAAAUGCCAGUCGUUUUUCAAUUUGGCGUUCGUCAAAUAAUAAAUUUGUGUUUGUCUACAACAAAGGCGAUUUGCUAGACGAACAUUUCGAACAUCGCUUUUUUGAAGAUCAAUCUGGCAUACUGCUAAUUGAAAGAACUGUAACCGAUCCGGCAAUUUUCGAUUUGAAAACAAAUAAAUUUGUCGGCCCACGAGCUGAGAACCCGAAACAAUUGUAUCUACUCGAUCGUUUCAAUGCUGAAAGUAAUACAUUUCUUCAUGGCAAUGAUCUCUUUCCGGAUAAGCUCUCCAAUUUACAGGGCCGCGAAGUAAUUUUGGCUGCUUUUGAUUAUAGGCCGGAUGUGGUUUUGAAAUAUUAUCCUGGCGCACCAUCCCGUGACAGAGCCUUUGCACCCAAUGGUACAAGUGGCGAUGUAGAAAUGGACGGCACGGAAGUGAGGAUCUUAAAAGCAUUCUGCGAAAAGCAUAACUGUUCAGUAGAUAUUGAUACGUCUGAAGCCGAUGAUUGGGGCAUUGCUUACCGAAAUAUGACUGGAGAGGCGGCCUUGGGUAUGAUAGCCAGGGGCAAGGCAGAGGUGGGCAUGAGUGCCAUGUAUACAUGGUACGCCGAUUACGUUGCACUGGACAUGUCGAUGUACAUUGGACGUUCGGGUAUUACUUGUGUAGUGCCGGCGCCUAAGCGUCUGGCAAGCUUGUGGCUGCCGAUUGAACCCUUUCAGCCAGCACUUUGGGCUUUCGUAUUCGUUUGUUUGUGUGUGGAGAUCAUAGCGUUGCUUUUUAUAGAUCACGCACGUCCGAUAAUUAUAGCGUUGAGUGAAAGGAUGCGCGCUUCAGAGGAUAAGCAAAAUAGUUGGGCUCGCAAUUUCGAGUAUGCCUUCUCGACGACGAUGUUGUUGUUCGUCUCACAAUCGAAUAAGGGCACCAUGGUGAAUUUCACGCCACUGAGAUUAAUGCUCUUCGCGAGCUUCUUGAAUGACAUCGUUAUAACGAGUAUUUAUGGUGGUGGACUGUCAAGCAUACUCACCGUGCCGAGCUUCGGCCAAGCCGCCGAUUCGGUGGAGCGACUGUACGCUUUCCAACUCAAAUGGGGCGCGGACUCUGAGGCCUGGGUGGCGGCAAUACGUGACGAUGAGAGCGAAAUCAUGAAGGGUCUGCUACGCAAUUUUGCUGUUUACAGUGCUGAAGAGUUGAUGGUGUUGGCGCAGACGGAAGAGAUGGGCUUCACCAUCGAACGCCUGCCAUUCGGUCACUUCGCCGUACAGGACCACUUGACGCUUAGCGUUUUGAACAAAAUGAAAAUCAUGGUGGAGGAUAUUUAUUUCCAGUACACGGUUGCAUUUACAGCGCGCAUGUGGCCUUUGCUGGAGAGUUUCAAUGAAAUGGUGGUUAUGUGGCAUUCGUCGGGUUUGGACAAAAUUUGGGAGUGGCGCAUUGUUGCCGACAAUUUGGAUGGCGCCAUACAGAAGGAGCUGAUGGCCUCGCAGUAUACGAACUUGGACGAUAUUGGACCGGUUAAGUUGGGCAUGUCGAAUUUUGUCGGCAUGUUGUUGCUGUGGUUGUUGGGCAUAACUUGCGCUUUUUUGGCUUUCUUGGCCGAAUUAUUGUUGGAUCAUAUGAAGCGUGCCAAGAAAGUGGCUGAGAGUGACGUUAUUGAAAUAAGAGAAGGAAGUCUUUAAAGAAUGGUGAUAGGGAUUUGGUACUAAGUUAAGAGUUUGACUCGUAGUAGUAAUAGUUAUUUGAGUAGAGGUAAUAAAUUAUAUACUACA